ACUAAAUUAUACAAUAACAAUAAUAAUUCAAAUGGCAAUGAUGAAGAUCAUAAUGCAUUACAAUUUCAAGUUGUUGAUGACAAUGGCGAUGAUUUAAAUAAUAAUAAUGAUGAUAAGAGCUGCGCAGUUUUACAACAAAGUAUAAAUGAUGAUUGUAGUACAGCACAAUCAUCAUCGUUAAUACAACAAAAUAGUAAUGAAAUUACAACACGACAACGUAGUCAACAAAUCACCUGUUCAACUAUUACCAAACCGUCGACAGAAACAACGCACCAAGUCAGUAGUUGUUAUCAACAACAGCAACUUAGUUUAAAAAAUAAUAUUAAUAUUAAUAAUAAUAAUAAUAAAAGUGACUGUGAUAUUAAACACGAAGUGGAUAAAAAUAUUACGAGCGAAACCGAUGAUUCAUUGUUGAUAAGACGUCGACAAUCAUAUUUAGUGAUUUCAAUUGAUUAUCAUAAAAAGAUUGAAGAACAAAUCGAUGAAUGUGAUAAUAAAAGUUACGAGAAUCGAAAACGUAGGCCUACAUUACAAUUGGGUAAUUUGGAAAUUAUACCAACAGAGAAUCCAAUAUUAAAUGAUCGUCGUUUAUCACAAAUAUCAUCAUUGGAGCUUUUUAACAAUCAAAAUAAGAAGAAACGUUUAAGUUUUAUUGAAAGAAUGUCAGCAUUAGUUACGGAUCCAAAAGAUGGUGGUGUUGUUACUAUUCAUGAUUUACCGAUGACAUUUCAAGUGAAAUAUUUAGGUCAUUGUCCAGCCAAAGGAUUAUGGGGUAUAAAACAUACACGUGGUCCUGUCGAUACAAUGGUAAAAGUAGCAAAAAAUCUACCACCUGGACAAAUAUUACCAAUUGUACGUGUAACAAUAUCCACAAAAGGUAUAACAAUCACACAACAAGUGAACAAUAAACGUAUUGAAAAUUGUUAUGCAAUUGAAACGAUCUCAUACGGUGUACAAGAUCUUGUAUAUACACGUGUAUUCUCAAUGAUUGUGGUCUAUGAAGAUAUGAAAGAUCAACAUCCAUUUGAGUGUCAUGCGUUUGUGUGCGAGUCCAGGAAUUCAGCCAGGCGGCUAACGUAUGCAUUAGCGGCAGCGUUUCAAGAUUAUAGUAAACGGGUACAGGAAACAAUGAAAGAUGAUCCAAGUUCACCGAUUAAAAAGAAGUUUGCUAUUGAUUUAAGGACGCCUGAAGAGAUACAAGAGGAUAUUGAAGCGGAAACUGAAGCGUGAUUGACUAUUUUAAAAUGUUUUUUCAUGAGAACUUUGAGAAUAUAAGUGUUUUUAUUUGAAGGAUUUUACCAAUGUAGGUAAAAAUAGUCAAUUUGGAAACAAUUUAUAUAUGACGAAACUACUGCACCAUAAGAAAGAUAAAUUUCCUUGAUCAAGCAAGACAAUUAUUUGAGUACUUAAAUUUAGUGGUACUUCGUUGUUUAAAUUUUUGCAAAUGAAUCAGUUUGAUUAUCAAGUUUGAUUAACUUCUCGGCUCUUAUCAUUAAUUUAAACUCCUAUUCCUCGCGUUUAAGGCUUAGGAGGUUUUGGUCUUAGAGCAACUAAGUUAGAGUGACUGUCCUGGGGAGUGACACUCUUAGAUCAUUGGGUCCGUUGAGAUACGAGAAAGUGGGUUAGCCUACUCCCAACCAUUACUCUGUGAACCAUUUGCAGCUGUUUAAGAACAGCAAGAGUGUUUUGACGUCAUCGGACUUCAAAUCGGAAAGGUCGUCAAAGAAAGGCUAAGUCCAGUGAGUGCACAAUUGUUUUCCAUGGACUCAUAUAAAAAUGCAGUUACCAAAAUAUUUUUGUGUAGUUUUUCUUUUUUUUUUGACUAUAUGAAAUAAAAAUCUCGGUUUUUUUAUUUAGUUGGGAAUUUAACCCGUCAUUUUACAGUUAGUUGCUAUCAUCAGCUUCUGGAAAAUACCAGAAAAAAGGUGUUUAAUUUUAAUCAGUUUGGAGUCUCGUCAUGCCAAUCGAUUGAUUUUUUUAUUUAACACUUUUGUACAGAUUAGAGCACAAGUAAUCAUCUUAUUUUUAAAAGCGAAACUUCUCAGUCAAGCAAGCUGCAAAACGAAAGCACUUUUGGGGAGGAAGAUAAGUUUUU